AUGCCAGGAACAGCAACUCGAGCGAAGUACAACGUCUUAUCAGUAGGUCACGAGAAGAGUGUCCAUUUGAAGGAAUUCCUCAGUCUGUCUGUACCCGGGUUGCUCGCCAGGACUUCUACUUUGGGAAGCUAUGAAGCUCCGACAACGGCGAGAGCGGAGAGAGAAAACAAAGUGAAAGUCCUGACGACGAGAGAUGUAGACGACAAACGCAGUAAACAUGGCGAGCGGCCGACAAUGUCAGAUAGAAUCCGGCAUGCUCGUGCCGGUGAUUCCUUUGGUCGUAGAAUGAUGCUGUGGAUACGCAUGUCGCGUUGGGCGCGUGAUGAAUGGCGACAUGAUGAGACGAUCAAUGUCCAACGUCGUUUUCGUCCGUCAGAUCCAUAA